UGCGCGCAAUAUUUUUCCCCUGUCUAGUUUGUCUAGUUCAACGCGGUUUGGAUUUAGAUUUAAUAACACUAGUUUCACAAAAUUCUAAAUUAUACAAUAGUUUUGUUACAAACAAGUAUUUUGUAUGCAUGUUAAAUAAUGAUAUUCAAGCAACUGUUAUCGUCAAGUUUCAAUGUAAGCCAGCAUCUUCGUUACAAAGUGCGUCUGACGAAAGACAUCGCAGCUCCUACGCAAUUACCCUCAGUCCGUACCUCGUAUGUGUGCCAUGUCCGUUACGUGUCCAGCUUUGACGCCAGCAAGGACGACCCGUCCCUUCCGGGAACGUCUAUAUUCAAUAUUAAGAAAACGAUCAAAUCAUCUCCGUACGAGUGCACGGAGGGCUUCACCUGUAUUCGUACGGUAUGCCCCGUUUGUAACGUCGUACCGGGCCAGCUGGACCCUGGUUCUCAGGCGUCGAAGAAGGAAACCAUCUACGUGAAUAAAACCACCGGGAACUUUACCUGUUCCGCGUGUCAACAUUUAGGCCGUUGGGACCACAUAGAGAAGUUCUUCCUGCCGUGUAGCAAAAGUGCCCGAACGGUUCAGGAAAUGCGAAAGCUACGAGAUGCAUUUCUGGAUGGGAAGAAAUCGGAGCAGAAACAGUCGGUUGAUGUUCCUGGCGGUUCGGUGGUGGUCGACGAGAAACUUGGGGAACACAUUAGCAAUAUAUUAGGGUUGCAGGAAAAUCCUGCAUCCAGCUUAGUUGCCAUAGGAUCUCGAUGGGACGGUGAAAAAAGUCUUCUAUACGUCCCGCUUACUGACGUAGAAUCUAGAGUAGUUGGCUAUAGGGUUCUCAGUAGAACGCACCAGAAUGGCGAAAAUAUGAUUAUAGAACGAACCAUUCCCGAAGCUAAUUGUGCCGGUUUGGUGCUAUUACGGUGUUCAUCUGGAAUCACAACUACAAAAGCUUCCGCCAAAGACCAAUCGAGUGGUGUUCUUGUACUUAAUGUUCUGGAUCUUUUGGCAUUGAGUACAGCAAAAUUGAAUGUAACGGCCAUCUGUCUUCCACACGAUCUGAAAAGUCUACCUCAACAGUGCCUUCCUGGGUUAGAACGGUAUCAUAAAUUGACACUGUGGUUCAAUUACGACACGGCAGGGUGGGAUACUGCUCGUAACUACGCCAAAAAACUAGACGAGAGGCGAUGUACCUUUGUUAGACCCACGGACGCACAUCCGACUCCGGCUAAAGCUCUUUCGCUAGGGUUGGACUUGAAAGGAAUUUUGGCCAAAGCUCAACCUAUACUGCACCAGUCCAUUACGACGUUUCACUCGCUACGUCAGGACGUCCUGAGUGAUCUGCAGAACAUCGAUAAGGUUCAGGGUGUUAAAUGGAAGCGAUAUCCAACUCUGAACAAGUUGCUAAAAGGCCAUCGCAAGGGGGAGCUGACGGUCCUGACCGGUCCAACCGGUUGCGGGAAAACUACUUUCAUGUCUGACUAUUCCUUGGAUCUUGCCCUGCAGGGAGUAUCAACACUUUGGGGAUCUUUCGAAAUUCGUAAUACGCGAUUGGCUUCUACACUGUUGAGACAAAUGGCCGGACGACCUCUGGAUGCGCAUUUAUCUGAGUUUGACUACUGGGCCGACGAGUUCGAACGGUUACCAAUUUAUUUCAUGACCUUCCAUGGCCAGCAACCCAUCAAAGUAGUGAUGGAGGCCAUCGAGCAUGCCCAGUAUGUGAACGACAUUCAUCAUGUGAUCAUCGACAAUCUCCAAUUUAUGAUGGGAGUUUCGGAGGAUACCAAGCAUCUGGAUCGCUAUUGGAAGCAAGAUGCCAUCAUCGCAGCGUUUCGGACGUUUGCCACGCGAAAGAACUGUCACGUGACGCUGGUAAUUCAUCCCAGGAAGGAACGUGAUACGGACGAUCUGACAACCAGCUCAAUUUUCGGCGGAGCGAAAGCUUCUCAGGAAGCCGACAACGUAUUAAUCAUCCAGGACAAACGAUUGACUUCGGUUCGGGGGAAGAAAUACCUGCAGGUAGCGAAGAAUCGAUACAGCGGAGAUCUGGGCAUUAUGCCCCUGGACUUCGACAAAACUAGUCUCAGCUAUGCUCAGAAAAAGAAAAAGUCUGAAAUAAUAGAGCCAAGCGAACCAACCGAAGCUACAAUUAGUGAUUCCUAAGGCAUUUGCAUUAACUUUAUUGUUAAAAAGUACAAGACCAAAAGAUUUAUUAGACACUUAUAUUAAAUUAU